UUGUAAUUAUCUGUAAAAUUGACUUAAUUUACUAAUUUCUUUAUUUUAUUUAAGUAAAUCCAACAUCCUUUUUUUCAAUUUCUUGUGAUUUUCCUAAUUUGUAAAGUGCUUUGGAUAAAAGCAUCCACUAAAUGAAUAAAUGUACAGUAUGUCCGAUGAAAUCUUUGUUCAUAUAAAAAGCACACUCUACAUUCCUUCAGCAGAUAGAUGGAGAGAUAUGCAAAUAUCUCACAUGUAAGUUGUAGACAUGAAGGGUUUGAGGAUCAAAAGAAUGAGUUAACAUACCUGUGGAACAACUUUGAAGAAUCAAAAUCUGUCUUCUGGGAAAAACUCACAUGAAUAUGAUGGCUUGAUAAUAUUAUUAUGAAAACCUGCACAACAGCUUUGCAUGAGUUGUGAUCUCAGUUAUUCAUCUCGACAACAAAACCACAUGACCGGAUGAAUUCAUACAGCAGUAAUACUCUUCUUAUACUCUCUUUCUUAUGAUUCCAAAUUCUACAUAACUUGAUUUUACACCAUCUUGGAUUUUUCUUGUUUUUCUCCCCUUUUUCCUCUUCCCUUGUUUCUUCGUAUCGCAACCAGCUCCUUCCGCCCUAAUGAGGAAUGAUUUGCCAAAAAGUAAAAAUUCUGCCAUCAUGUCAUUCCAAACUCUCAUAUUGUACAAUUUCUUCUUCAGUGUUCUUCAGUGUCAGUGUCUUCAGUGCAAUAAAUGCUCACAGACUUGGAAACACAUAUUUGACAUUUUGAAAUAGGUAUUACAUUACAUGAUUACUUAAAUAAUGUUGAUCAGCAAAUAGAACAUACACAGCUCUUUAAAAGUGAUAACACAGCUUACAAUAUUAUGUAGUCUGUUUUAUAAGUUUAAUCAUUUGAUCUAAAGAACCUGCAAAUAACUUAACAACGCAACACACCCUGAUCACCUGCUCUUCCAAUGAAAUAUAUUUGUGAAACUGCAUGCUUAGGGAGGAAUGCAUUGUUGUAUGAGUGGGUAAAUCCAGUUUGGUUAAGAAUGGAAAGCAAUAAUGCCACACCACUCUAUGCGAUUUGUCAUGUAACUCAAAGCUUAUAAAAACGAUGACUUGGAGGAGAGAAUGACUUUACCUAAGUUUGUCAAGAGACUAGCAGCUUAACCUGUGUGUAUGAUAACAUUCAGAUAAGCAAUGGAUUGGGUGAACUAUUUGACAGCUACCAAGAUGAGUAGAAAAGCACUGAUCAUUGCAGUGUUAAGUUUAGUAUAUUGUAGUGCUACUACAACAAAUUCAACAUCAACGAACACUACAACUACUGAAACUGCAUCAACUCAAACAUCUCCGGAGACUACAAAUACUGAAACUGUAGUUGUACAUCUCCGGAGUACAUGCAGUUGUACAUGUACAUGUGGUAAUACAUCUCCAGAGACUACAACUACUGAAAAUGCACCAACUCAGAAAUCUCCGGAGACUACAACUACUGAAACUGCAACAACUGAAACAUCAGCGGACACUUCAACUACUGAAACGGCAACAACUCAAAAAUUAGUGGACUCUACAACCACUGAACCUACAACUACUGAAACCGUAGGUUUACAUCUCCGGAGUACAUGUAGUUGUGCAUGUAGUUGUGCAUCUCAGAACACUACAACUACUGAAACUGCACCAACUCAAACAUCAGCGGACACUACAACCACUGAAACUGCAACAACUCAAACAUCAGGCCACACUACGACCAUUGAACCCGCAACGACUCAAACAUCGGCAGACAAUACAACCACUGAAACUGCAAUAACUCAAACAUCAAUGGACACUACAAUCACUGAACCAACAACAACUCAAACAUCAGUGGACACUACAACUUCUGAAACCACAACAAAUCAAACAUCAACGGACACUACAACCACUGAAAGUGAAAGAACUCAAACAGCAGCAGACACUACAACUACUGAAAAUGCAAUAACUGUCACAUUACUAGACAAUGCAACUACUGAAACUGCACAAACUCAAACAUCACCAGACACUACAACCACUGAAACCACAACAACUCAAACAUCAGCAGACACUACAACCACUGAAACUGCAAAAACUCAAACAUCAGCAGAAACUACAACAACUGAAACCGCAAAAACUCAAACAUCAGCAGACACUACAACCACAGAAACUGUAACAUCUCAAACAUCAGCAGACACUACAACCACUGAAACUACAACCACUCAAACAUCAGCUGACACUACAACCACUGAAACUGCACCAACUCAAACAUCAGCGUACACUACAACCACUGAACCCGCAACAAGUCAAACAUCAGCGGACACUACAACCACUGGAAGUGCAACAACUCAAACAUCAGCAGAAAGUACAACUAUUGAAACUGCACCAACUCAAACAUCAGCGGACACUACAACCACUGAACCUGCAACAACUCAAACAUCAGUGGACACUACAACCACUGAAAGUGCAACAACUCAAACAUCAGGAGACACUACAACUAUUGAAACUGCGCCAACUCAAACAUCAGCAGACACUACAAUUACUGAAACGGCACCAACUCUAACAUCAGUGGACACUAUAACUACGGAAUCUGCAACAACUCAAACGUCAGCAGAAACUACAACCACUGAAACCGCAACAACUCAAACAUCAGCAGACACUACAACCACUGAAUCUGCACCAACUCAAACAUCAGCAGACACUACAGCUACUGAAUCUGCACCAACUCAAACAUCAGCAGACACUACAACCACUGAAACUGCACCAACUCAAACAUCAGCGUACACUACAACCACUGAACCCGCAACAAAUCAAACAUCAGCGGACACUACAACCACUGGAAGUGCAACAACUCAAACAUCACUAGUCACUACAACCACUGAAACUGCACCAACUCAAACAACACUAGACACUACGACCACUGAAACUGCAACAACUCAAACAUCAGCAGACACUACAACCACUGAAAUCGCAACAACUCAAACAUCAGCGGACACUACAACCACAGAAACUGCACCAACUCAAACAUCAGCGGACACUACAACCACUGAACCUGCAACAACUCAAACAUCAGUGGACACUACAACCACUGAAAGUGCAACAACUCAAACAUCAGCAGACACUACAAUUACUGAAACGGCACCAACUCUAACAUCAGUGGACACUAUAACUACGGAAUCUGCAACAACUCAAACGUCAGCAGACACUACAACCACUGAAACCGCAACAACUCAAACAUCAGCAGACACUACAACCACUGAAUCUGCACCAACUCAAACAUCAGCAGACACUACAGCUACUGAAUCUGCACCAACUCAAACAUCAGCAGUGGACACUACAACCACAGAAACCGCAACAACUCAAACAUCAGCAGACACUACAACCAUUGAAACCGCAACAACUCAAACAUCAGCGGAAACUGCACCAACUCAAACAUCAGCAGAAACUACAACCAGUGAAACUGCAGCAACUCAAACAUCACCAGACACUACAACCACUGAAACCUCAACAACUCAAACAACGGCAGACACUACAACCACUGAAACCGCAAAAACUCAAACAUCAGCGGACACUACAACCACAGAAACAGCAACAACUCAAACAUCAGCAGACACUACAACCACUGAAACUGUAACAACUCGAACAUCACUAGACACUACAACCACUGACUCAGCAACAACUCAAACAUCAGCAGACACUACAAAAACAGAAACAGCAACAACUCAAACAUCAGCAGAGACUACAACCACUGAAACCGCAACAACUCAAACAUCAGCAGACACUACAACCACUGAAACUGUAACAACUCAAACAUCACUAGACACUACAAAAACUGAAACAGCAACUCAAACAUCAGCAAACACUACAACCACUGAAACCGCAACAAGUCAAACAUCAGCGGACACUACAACCACUCAAACAACAAACACUCAAACAGCAGCAGACACUACAACCACCGAAACCGCAACAACUCAAACAGCAGCAGACACUACAUCCACAGAAACGGCAAUAACUCAAACAUCAGCAGACACUACAACCACUGAAACCACAAGUCAAACAUCAACAGAAACUACAACCACUGAAACUGCAGCAACUCAAACAUCACUAGACACUACAAUCACUGACUCAGCAACAACUCAAACACCAGUGGACACUACAACCACUGAAACAGCAACCACUGAAACCGCAACAACUCAAACAUCACCAGAAACUACAACCAGUGAAACUGCAGCAACUCAAACAUCAGUGGACACUAUAACCACUGAAACAGCAACCACUGAAACCGCAACAACUCAAACAUCACCAGAAACUACAACCAGUGAAACUGCAGCAACUCAAACAUCAGCGGACACUACAACCACAGAAACAGCAACAACUCAAACAUCAGCAGACACUACAACCACUGAAACUGUAACAACUCAAACAUCACUAGAAACUACAACCACUGACUCAGCAACAACUCAAACAUCAGUGGGCACUACAAAAACUGAAAUAACAACAACUCAAACAUCAGCGGACACUACAACCACUGAAACCGCAACAAGUCAAACAUCAGCGGACACUACAACCACUGAAACCGCAACAACUCAAACAUCAGUGGACACUAUAACCACUGAAACUGCACCAACUCAAACAUCAGCAGACACUACAAUCACUGAAACUGCAACAACUCAAACAUCAGCAGACACUACAACCACUGAAACUGCAACAACUCAAACAUCAGUGGACACUACAACCACAGAAACUGCACCAACUCAAACAUCAGCAGACACUACAACCAUUGAAACCGCAACAACUCAAACAUCAGCGGAAACUACAACCACAGAAACUGCACCAACUCAAACAUCAGCAGAAACUACAACCAGUGAAACUGCAGCAACUCAAACAUCAGCGGACACUACAACCACAGAAACAGCAACAACUCAAACAUCAGCAGACACUACAACCACUGAAACUGUAACAACUCAAACAUCACUAGACACUACAACCACUGACUCAGCAACAACUCAAACAUCAGCAGACACUACAACCACUGAAACUGUAACAACUCAAACAUCACUAGACACUACAACCACUGACUCAGCAACAACUCAAACAUCAGCAGACACUACAACCACUGACUCAGCAACAACUCAAUCAUCACCAGACACUACAACCACUGAAACUCCAACAACUCAAACAUCAGCAGACACAACAACCACAGACACAGCAACAACUCAAACAUCAGCAGACACUACAACCACUGAAACUGUAACAACUCAAACAUCACUAGAAACUACAACCACUGAAUCAGCAACAACUCAAACAUCAGUGGGCACUACAAAAACUGAAACAGCACCAACUCAAACAUCAGCGGACACUACAACCACUGAAACCGCAACAAGUCAAACAUCAGCGGACACUACAACCACUCAAACAACAAACACUCAAACAGCAGCAGACACUACAACCACUGAAACCGCAACAACUCAAACAGCAGCAGACACUACAACCACAGAAACUGCAACAAAUCAAACAUCAGCAGACACUACAACCACUGAAAUCGCAACAACUCAAACAUCAGUGGACACUACAACCACAGAAACUGCAACAACUCAAACAUCAGCAGACACUACAACCACUGAAACCACAACAAGUCAAACAUCAACAGACACUACAACCACUGAAACUGCAACAACUCAAACAUCACUAGACACUACAACCACUGAAACCACAACCACUGAAACCGCAACAACUCAAACAUCACCAGACACUACAACCACUGAAACCACAACAACUCAAACAUCACUAGUCACUACAACCACUGAAACUGCAGCAACUCAAACAACACUAGACGCUACAACCACUGAAACCGCAACCACUGAAACCGCAACAACUCAAACAUCACCAGACACUACAACCACUGAAACCACAACAACUCAAACAUCAGCAGACACUACAACCACAGAAACUUCAACAACUCAAACAUCAGCGGACACUACAACCACUGAACCUGCAACAACUCAAACAUCAGCGGACACUACAACCACUGAACCUGCAACAACUCAAACACCAGUGGACGCUACAACCACUGAAACCGCAACAACUCAAACAUCACUAGACGCUACAACAACUGAAACAGCAAAAACUCAAACAUCAGCAGACACUACAACCACGGAAAGUGCAACAACUCAAACAUCAGCAGACACUACAACCACUGAAACUGCAGCAACUCAAACAUCAGCGGACACUACAAUCACUGACUCAGCAACAACUCAAACACCAGUGGACGCUACAACCACUGAAACCGCAACAACUCAAACAUCACUAGACGUUACAACAACUGAAACAGCAAAAACUCAAACAUCAGCAGACACUACAACCACUGAAACUGCAACAACUCAAACAUCAGCAGACACUACAACCACGGAAAGUGCAACAACUCAAACAUCAGCGGACCCUGCAACAACUCAAACAUCAGCAGACACUACAACCACUGAAACUGCAACAACUCAAACAUCAACAGACACUACAACCACUGAACCUGCAACAACUCAAACAUCAGCAAACACUACAACCACUGAAACUGCAGCAACUCAAACAUCACUAGACACUACAAUCACUGACUCAGCAACAACUCAAACACCAGUGGACGCUAAAACCACUGAAACCGCAACAACUCAAACAUCAGCGGACACUACAACCACAGAAACUGCAACAACUCAAACAUCACUAGACGCUACAACAACUGAAACAGCAACAACUCAAACAUCAGCAGACACUACAACCACUGAAAUCGCAAAAAUUCAAACAUCAGCAAACACUACAACCACUGAAACCACAACAAGUCAAACAUCAGCGGACACUACAACCACUCAAACAACAAACACUCAAACAUCAGUGGACACUACAAACACAGAAACUGCAACAACUCAAACAUCAGCAGACACUAAAACCACUGAAACUGCAACAAGUCAAACAUCAGCGGACACUACAACCACUGAAACCGCAACAAGUCAAAAAUCAGCGGACACUACAACCACUGAAACAACAAACACUCAAACAUCACCAGACACUACAACAACUGAAACCGCAACAACUCAAACAACAGUGGACACUACAACCACUGAAACCGCAACAACUCAAACAUCAGCAGACACUACAACCACUGAAAUUGCAACAACUCAAACAUCAGCAGACACUACAACCACAGAAUCUGCAAAAACUCAAACAUCAGCAGACACUACAACUACUGAAACUGCAACAACUCAAACAACACUAGACACUACAAUCACUGACUCAGCAACAACUCAAACACCAGUGGACACUACAACCACUGAAACCGCAACAACUCAAACAUCACCAGACACUACAACCACUGAAACCACAACAACUCAAACAUCACUAGUCACUACAACCACUGAAACUGCACCAACUCAAACAACACUAGACACUACAACCACUGAAACUGCAACAACUCAAACAUCAGCAGACACUACAACCACUGAAAUCGCAACAACUCAAACAUCAGCGGACACUAAAACCACUGAAACUGCAACAACUCAAACAUCACCAGACACUACAACCACUGAAACUGCAACAACUCAAACAUCACCAGACACUACAACCACUGAAACUGCAACAACUCAAACAGCAGCUGACACUACAACCACUGCAACUGCAGCAACUCAAACAUCAGCAGACACUACAACCACUGAAACAGCAACAACUCAAACAUCACCAGACACUACAACCACUGAAACUGCAACAACUCAAACAUCACCAGACACUACAACCACUGAAACUGCACCAACUCAAACAACACUAGACACUACGACCACUGAAACUGCAACAACUCAAACAUCUGCGGACACUACAACCACAGAAACUUCAACAACUCAAACAUCAGCGGACACUUCAACCACUGAAACUGCAACAACUCAAACAUCAGCAGACACUACAACCACUGAAAUCGCAACAACUCAAACAUCACCAGACACUACAACCACAGAAACUGCAACAACUCAAACAUCACUAGACACUACAACCACAGAAACUGCAACAACUCAAACAUCAAUGGACACUACAACUACUGAAACUGCAACAACUCAGCCAACUGAAACAUCUACAGUUCUUGUUAUGUUUUCCAGCAAUGAAGAUUUUGACCCACAACUGGAAAAUCAAACUUCUGUUGCCUUUAAUGAAAGAAAAAAUCGAGUUAAUGUUGAGAUUAAUGCAAUCUUUAGAAGGACAUUCAGUGGCUCCUAUGUUGGACUGACAGUUAUUCGGUUCUUUCGUGGAUCAAUCAUCACUGAAAUGAAAGUAAUAUUUAUAAAUGUACCCAAAUCUAAUCUGAUCUCUGAAAGUAUUUUAAAUAGUACCACCACUCUUAACAUCACCAGUGUAAAUGUUACAACCACAACCAGUCCUACUGCAUCUACAACCACAACCAGUCCUUCUACAACAACCACAACCAUUCCUGCUACAACUACAACAACAACCACAACCAGUCCUACUACAACUACAACCACAACCAGUCCUACAACAACAACCACAACCAGUCCUACUACAACUACAAGCAGUCCUACUACAACUACAACCACAACCAGUCCUACAACAACAACCACAACCAGUCCUACUACAACUACAAGCAGUCCUACUACAACUACAACCACAACCAGUCCUUCUACAACAACCACAACCAGUCCUACAACAACAACCACAACCAGUCCUACUACAACUACAAGCAGUACUACUACAACUACAACCACAACCAGUCCUUCUACAACAACCACAACCAGUCCUACAACAACAACCACAACCAGUCCUACUACAACUACAAGCAGUCCUACUACAACUACAACCACAACCAGUCCUACAACAACAACCACAACCAGUCCUACUACAACUACAACUACAACUACAACCAAACCAACGACCACACAAACAACAACAACAACAACAACAACAACAACAAUAACAACGCCCACCACAACCACAACCACAACCACACUACCACCAAGACCUCUGCCAUCAGUAGCCUUACAGAUUGUCAUUCUGGACACAUAUGUUCUAGAGCUUCUAAUCCCGCAAAGUCCACAAUUUAUAACCCUAGCCACAAAGGUAGUGAGGGCGUUUGAUGAAGUCUACAAAACAAAGUAUGGGGAUCUUUUCAUCAAGACCAAUGUGCUUGCAUUCGUAGCUGUUUCCAAAACCCGGGCAGAACAAAAUGUACAGGCAGAUGUUGAGUUAGUGUUUAAUGAAAAGUCAACUGAAACCAUCCCCAGCAGCACUGCCAUUGUGGAGACUCUGAAAGAAGCAGUUAGAGCUCAAAACUCAACCUUCAACCUUACUGUUGAUUUCAACACUAUUAUUGUCGUUAAAUCACCACAGAAAAUUCCAGUGACAAUCCUGACUGAAGGAACCUUUGUGACUGCUCUUUCAAAAAAAAGUUCACCUGAAUUUCAGAACAGGGCAAUAACGAUAAAAACAGAGCUUGAACCCUUUUUCUUUGCUGAUUACCCUGGAUCAUUCAGUACCUUAACCAUAACAAACUUCAGUGAUGCAGGUGUAAGAACAAAGAGUGUGCCCGUGAUCCGGAACUCCAUAGAUCUUACAUUUACAGCGGAGGCCAUUCUACCCAAUAGCAACCAGAUAGUGAACACUAUAGUUAGAGCAGCCAAAAACAACUCGUUACCCUUCCAUAUCUUCACGUCGGAAAUUGUGAUAAAUAGUACAGCAGUUUCAUCAGCGGAAGUCAGCAGCAAGAUCAGUGUGUUGACUGCUUUAGUCCUGGUUACUGUGUCACUUCUGGUCCCAUGGUUUGAUUGACCAUAACUACACAUCCCAACAUUACUGAUUCAGACAGGCUGACUUUGAAGAAGGAAGACCUUGAAGAGUCAGGAAAUGAGCUUUGAUGAGCAAAAGGAUGAAGUAUUUCAAUGAUUAUGAAACCUGUAAAACAGCUUGGAAGAAUGAAAAAUAUUUACAGGGUGUGACAUCAGAAACGUCUGAUGGAAAAACGCACAGAUAAGAAGGUCUGAUAAUAUUACAUAUAAAAACCUGUACAAAACAAUACUUUGCCAUAAUUGGUUUUUCUCAUUUUCUAAGCAUCCUUCUUAGUUUCUUAGCUACAUAAUAUAUAACAGGCAUGUUUAAUGCAAAAUUAUCUGUAUCAUACCAGUAUUUUCUAAAUUAUUUAUUCUAGCAAAUAAAAUAUCUAUCCAAUAUUUCUGAUGUUAAUUUAAUGCAAACCUAAAGGUCUUUUUCAUGAGAAAUGUAUUGGGUAACACUUUAGAAUAACUCACGCUAUGAAGCAUUAGUUAAGCAUUAGUA